AAAGUUGGUAAUAGCUCAAAAUUGUAAUAGAUAUACAAGUGUCAAAGUGUCAUUAAUUAAAAGUGCACUUUUAGCAAUGAAAUUAUUCAUUCUUUAUUAAAAAGAAAAUUUAAAGAAUUUCAUUAAACUGUAUAAAAGUGUAAAAUGUUUUUAAAUUGAUUUAAAUUGACUCACAAAGUUUAAUAAUUUUAUUAAUUAAUCAUUUAGAAUGACUUCGAUACCAGAACCUUUGAUUUUUGCAUUUGCACUUGUUGAUACAGGGGCUGUAUUAUUUCUUUUAGUGUAUUUUUUAAUUGUACUAUCGGAUUUAGAAUGUGAUUACUUAAAUGCACAACAAUGUUGUUCAAGACUGAAUGCGUGGGUUACGCCAAAAUUAGCAGCUCAUACUGUAUUAUUUAUAAUUCUUGUCAUCUUUGGACAAUGGGGCAUAAGUGCCUUAAAUUUACCAAUGACUGCAUGGUUAUUUUAUGAAUAUUUUAAUGUGCCUAGGGGAAAUAUGGGUGUUUAUGAUCCAACUGAAAUUCAUAAUCGUGGACAAUUAAAAAAACAUACUCGAGAUUGUCUAAUUUUCCUUGGAUAUUAUUUAAUAUUCUUUUUUAUUUAUUUAUAUUGUUUAAUCGUUACAUUGUUAAAAGGAGAUCCAUUAAACAGAGGUGAUGAUGAUGUUAUUGAAUUUUAGGAUUUAAAAGCUCAUUUUUACGAUUUUCACACGAAGUGCAAAAAAAAAAAUUUGAUACAUGCACCAAGGUUUGAAUAUUCUGUAAAUUUUUUUUUUUUUUUUGAAAUAAGUAAAUUAUUUCUUAGUUUAAAUAAUAUUUAACGUGACAACACUUAUUUUAUAAUAUGUGAUAUAAUUUAUCCGAAUGAACAAAAAUUAAACGAUCAAUAUAAAGAGCACAAGCAGAAUUCUAAGAUUUCAAUACAAUCAUUCUUUGCAAAAAAAAAUUUUUUUUUUUAUUUAAAUAGUAGAAUAUUUUUAUUGUAAAUAAUAUUAAAAAAAAUACUUGUGUAAAAUAUAAAAAUUUGAAACUUUGUGAUCAAUUUUUGUGUAUUAUUGGUAUUUUAAACCUUUUUGGCAAUUAAAAAAUAACAAUAAAUCAGUCAAAUUAAUCUUUAUAAAUUAGUUUUAAAUUUAAAUUAUAAUUAAAAUAAUAAAUUAACCAAAAUACGUAAAUGAAUAAACUUUUAAUAGUUUAUUGAGAUUUCAUUACUUAACGUAUCCAAAAUUCUAUACAUAAUAAAUACGUUUAAAUAUUUUUUUAAACAAUUUAUUUAUAAAUCUUGGAUUUUAGGGUAACGAUCGCAGAAAUUAGUUUUUGCGCAAUUUUUAAUGAUAAUUAAUAACAAAUGAUCUUCGAAUUUUUUUUUCGAAAUUCACAUCUUAAGUCUAUUCUUGAUUCUAAAAAAGAAAACAAAAUUUCACAUAAAUUGGACGGAUUCUUGAUAAGAUUCAAUUUUCCCCCUUUUUUCCACUAAAAUCGCAGAUAAGAAAAUAGGAGAGGAAUUUAGUUUGAGCGAAAAAAAAUUACAAUAAUUAAUAUAUAUAUAUUCUUGAAGAAAUUUAUCUACAAAAGUAAUUAAGAGGUAGAAGAUGAUUAGUAAGAAUUGAAAAUGUCUUUCAAAAAAAAAAUACAAAUUUUAGAAAAUUGACAAUUUUUUAUAAAAUUAAGGAAAAAAAAAUAAUUUUCGAAAUCUUAACGUUAGUAUUAAAAAAAUACUACUUCGGUCAGUAGUGUUAUCCUUUCUUGAUUCGAUGUUCUACAUUUAGAUUUAAAUAAUAUUUAUAAUAAUAUAAUAAUAAUGUAUUAUAGUACCUUUGAAAAUUAAUUUGUGACAAAAUUUGUAAUUGCACUGAAAAAAAAAUUCCCUAAACAUUUUUUUCUUAAAAGAAUCUCUAAAAUGAAUUUAUUUCUAUAUAAUAAAAUUAUAGUUUAUUCGAUUAAUAUAAAAAGUAAUUUUCUUUUUUUUUUUUAAUUACAAUUCAGAUUUUAAAUAAAUAUUCCUAAAAAAUAUUACAAAUUUUGUCAUAAACUUUUUUUUUUAAAUAAAACCUAAUCUUAAUUACAAUUAAACAUAAUUCUAAUUCUAUAAAUUUUCUCAAAAAAAAAAAUUUGUGGUUUAUUUUUAAAAAUAUGAGGGCAAGAGUGAAAAAAAUUUUUUUUUCUCUUAUUUACAUAUAUGUAAAAACUAAUGAAAGUAAAAAAUUUUC